AUGGCGACGACAACGAGCAAUCUCGGCAUGCACAACCUCACCACGCUGAUCAAGCGACUCGAAGCUGCCACAUCCCGUCUCGAGGACAUUGCUACUUCGUCGGCCAACUUUGAACAGCCCAGAGGCACUGUUUCUGAUGCUGGAGCCACCCACCUCCCUGCCUCGUCGAGUGCUCCCGAACUCCCUGGCAUCGCCAAACAUGCUACCCAACCUCCACCUCCUGCCGCGCCCACGACCCAGUCCGACCCUCUCCCUAAACCUAUCCAGGACAUGGACAGCUUGAUCAACGAGCACGUCGCCAAGUUUGUCACAUCCGCCUCGGGUCUGGACAAGAACAUUGAGUCCCAGGCACACGCCGUCGAGCGCGCAUUCGCUGCUCAGCGCCAGUACCUCGUCGUCGCCAACAAGGCCAAGAAGCCCGACAUGACUUCGCCCGCCUUCUCCGAGCUCAUCAAGGACCUGCAGCAAGAGAUGGGCACCGUCACCGAGAUCAAGGAUUCGAACCGCGCCUCGCCCUUCAAAGACCAUCUCAACAUGGUCGCUGAGGGCAUGGGUGGUCUGCAGUGGGUUGUCUUUGAAGGCAAGCCUGCCGACUACGUUGCUGAGAUCCUGGGUGGUGUGCAAUUGUUCGGAAACAGAGUACUCAAGGAGUACAAGGAGAAGUCCGUCGCGAACACACCCUACCCUCUCCCUCCAGUCCAACCCACUGACCACGCACUAGGGNACCCCAAGCACGUCGCCUACGUUCAGUCAUACUACGCCAUCUGGAAGAACCUCCAGUCUUACAUCCGCAGCCACUACGCUGCUGGUGUCACAUGGAACCCUCAGGGCAUGGACCUCGCAAAGGCUCUCAAGGAAGCGAACAACGCUCNNCCACUCCUUCUUCACAAUCAGCACCUGCUCCUCCCGGCGCUGCAGGCGGUCCCCCACCACCUCCCCCCGCCGCCGCCGCUUCCCACUUUCGACAACCCUCCUCCUCCUCCAGGUCCGCCUCCACCUGCCAAGUCGGCCGGUGGUGACAUGGGCGCUGUUUUCGAUCAGCUGAACAGAGGCGAGUCUGUUACAUCUGGCCUGAGAAAGGUCGACAAGAGCGAGAUGACACAUAAAAACCCUUCGCUACGCGCUGGCUCUACCGUCACUGACCGAAAAGGAAGCCAAGACAGCAUCAACCGCAGCCGUAGCAGAGGUCCCGAGCUCAAGCCCAAACCCGAUAGCAUCCGUGGAAAGGGCAUCUCCCAACCCACCCCCAAGAGAGAUCCCAAGAAGGAACUCGACGGCAACAAGUGGAUCAUCGAGAACUUUGAGGACGCCGACGCUCCCAUCGAAGUUGAGGUUUCCGUCACACAAUCCAUUCUUAUCACGAAGUGCAAAAACACCACUAUCCGUCUGAUCGGCAAGGCCAACGCCAUCAGCAUCGACAACAGUCCGCGCACGAACCUCGUCAUCGACGAUCUCAUCUCAUCCGUCGACGUUAUCAAGUGCCCCAACUUUGGCUUGCAGGUUCUCGGCAGCCUUCCCACUGUCAUGCUCGACCAAGUCGACGGUGCCUCCAUCUAUCUCUCGAAAGAGAGCCUGAACACUGAAAUCUACACCUCAAAGUGUGCCAGCAUCAACGUCAACCUCCCUCCUCAGACCGAACAAGACGACUACAAGGAGUGUCCUCUACCCGAGCAGUUCCGUACCUUUGUCAAGAACGGUAAGCUUGUCAGCGAGAUUGUUGAACACGCUGGCUAG